AUGGAUGUUCCUGAGCCCGAGCAGACCCCAUUUACGGCGGUUACAGCGCAGACGUCCAAGCUUGCCAGACAAUUUCAAACUUACCUCGAUGCUUCCACCCCGUUUACGGCCUACCGUUGGGUCGGCACCGUCGUCCUCCUCGUCAUUUUCUUUCUGAGAAUUGUCCUGGCUCAAGGAUGGUACAUCGUCGCAUACACCUUAGGCAUCUACCUCCUUAACCUCUUCCUCCUCUUCCUGCAACCCAAAUUUGACCCUUCCCUCACUCAAGACGAAGGUCUGGAGGAUGGAGACGCCGCCGCCAGCCUGCCCACCAAGCAAGACGACGAAUUCCGUCCGUUCAUCCGCCGACUCCCUGAGUUCAAGUUCUGGUAUUCCGCCACCCGGGCUAUCACCAUUGGCUUCAUCUGCUCGUGGUUCACCAUCUUUGAUAUCCCCGUGUUCUGGCCUGUCUUGGUGGUCUACUGGAUUAUUCUCUUUGUUUUAACGAUGCGACGACAGAUUCAGCAUAUGAUCAAGUACCGCUACGUGCCUUUCUCAUUCGGAAAGACACGGUACGGCCGUUCAUAA